GCCAUAUACAAAAUUCUUCUCCCAUCUUAACACCAUCACUGUCUCUUUGGCGCCACCGUAUCUUCCUCGAAGCUCUCAUCUCAGAAACUAGGGUUUACCCCAAAACCCUCAGAGACUCCGCCUCCUCCUCCGCCGUCUGUAUCAUAAGGUAACCUAAAACCCUAAUCUCUUAACAUUAACAUCAUUCUUCCCUUUCAGAUAGGGCAAAAAUUAGAUUUAGGGUUUUAGAAUCUUGAAAAAAAAAUGGAAGAAGAAUCACAGUCACUUGGGAAGAGGAAAUCUGUAGAAGAAGCUUCAGAAGUCACACCUAAUGAAGAUUCAGAGGCGCAGAAACCUACUGAAUCUAUCUCUAAACGACGAACAUUAGCUAAAACAUGUGUUCAUGAAGUUGCAGUACCAAAAGAUUAUGUACCUUCGUUAGAUAAAACCAUUCGCGGUACAUUAGCUAAUCCCGAGUUUAAUGGUACAAUGGCGAAAACAUAUGAGUUUAAACUCGAUCCGUUCCAACAAGUAUCAGUUUCUUGUUUGGAGAGGAAAGAAUCUGUGUUGGUUUCGGCACAUACUUCAGCUGGUAAAACGGCUGUAGCUGAGUAUGCCAUAGCUAUGUCGUUUAGAGAUAAACAAAGGGUUAUCUAUACUUCGCCUUUAAAAGCGUUGAGUAAUCAGAAGUAUAGGGAGUUGAUGCAGGAGUUUUCGGAUGUUGGUUUGAUGACUGGUGAUGUAACAAUAUCACCGAAUGCUAGUUGUUUAGUUAUGACUACUGAGAUAUUGAGGGGGAUGUUAUAUAGAGGUUCUGAGGUUUUGAAAGAAGUUGCCUGGGUUAUUUUCGAUGAGAUUCAUUAUAUGAAGGAUAGGGAAAGAGGUGUUGUUUGGGAAGAGAGUAUUAUAUUUUUGCCGCCAGCUAUUAAGAUGGUGUUUCUGUCAGCUACGAUGUCGAAUGCUACUGAGUUUGCUGAAUGGAUUUGUUAUUUGCAUAAACAGCCUUGUCAUGUGGUUUAUACAGAUUUCAGACCUACUCCUUUGCAGCAUUAUGUGUUUCCUGUUGGUGGGUCGGGUUUGUAUCUUGUUGUGGAUGAGAAUGAGCAGUUUAAAGAGGAGAAUUUUGCGAAAUUACAGGAUACGUUUAAUAAACAGAAGCAGAAUGGUGGGAACAAGGGUGGAGGUCCUAAAGCAAGUGGUAGGAUUGCAAAGGGUGGUACUGCUGCUGGGGGUUCCGACAUAUUCAAGAUUGUCAAGAUGAUCAUGGAACGGAAAUUUCAGCCUGUCAUCAUUUUCAGCUUUAGUAGAAGAGAAUGCGAACAGCAUGCAAUGUCUAUGGCCAAGCUUGAUUUCAAUACCAAAGAGGAGAAGGAUGACGUUGAAGAGGUUUUUCGGAAAGCAAUACUUUGUUUAAAUGAGGAGGACAGGAACUUACCUGCAAUUGAAUUAAUGUUGCCCCUAUUACAGAGGGGUAUUGCUGUGCAUCACUCUGGACUUCUUCCAAUUAUUAAAGAAUUGGUGGAACUUCUCUUCCAAGAAGGACUCGUCAAGGCCCUUUUUGCUACAGAAACAUUCGCCAUGGGUUUAAACAUGCCUGCAAAAACUGUUGUUUUCACAUCUGUCAAGAAAUGGGAUGGUGAUGGUCAUCGUUAUAUUGGAUCAGGUGAAUAUAUCCAGAUGAGUGGGAGAGCGGGACGCCGUGGGAAAGAUGACCGUGGUAUCUGCAUCAUAAUGAUUGAUGAGAAGAUGGAAAUGGCUACUCUUAAAGAUAUGGUUUUGGGUAGACCUGCUCCACUGCUGAGUACAUUCAGGUUGAGUUACUACUCUAUCUUGAAUUUAAUGAGCCGUGCUGAGGGCCAAUUUACAGCUGAGCAUGUUAUCAAGAACUCAUUUCAUCAGUUUCAGUAUGAGAAGGCUUUACCUGAUAUUGGGGAUAAGGUUUCAAAACUGGAAAAAGAAGCUGAGAUGCUUGAUGCUUCCGGGGAGGCAGAAGUUGCUGAAUAUCAUAAGCUAAGACUUGAUAUUGCUCUGCUUGAGAGGAAGAUGAUGUCAGAAAUAACCCGACCUGAAAGAGUUCUCUUUUUUCUUCUUCCUGGCCGGCUGGUUAAGGUACAAGAUGGUGCAACUGAUUGGGGUUGGGGAGUGGUGGUUAAUGUGGUGAGAAAGCCCUCAUCAGCCUCGAGCACUUUGCCAGCGUCUUCUUCACGCGGUAGUGAUUACAUAGUGGAUACAUUGCUCCAUUGUUCUCCUGGAUCAAGUGAAAAUGGGACUCGCUCCAAGCCAUCCCCACCUCGUCCUGGGGAGAGGGGUGAAAUGCACGUGGUCCCUGUUCAGAUGCCACUCAUUUCUGCUCUUAGCAAAAUCAGAAUAUCUGUUCCUUCUGACCUCCGACCACUGGAAGCGAGGCAAAGUAUAUUGCUGGCAGUGCAGGAGUUGGGAACUAGGUUUCCUCAAGGUCUUCCAAAGCUCAACCCUGUGAAGGAUAUGGCCAUUGUGGACCAAGAAUUUGUUGAUGUGAUGAGUCAAAUUGAGGAACUUGAGAAGAAAUUACAUGAUCAUCCAGUACAUAAGUCUUCUCAAAAUAAGGAGCAAGUCAAAUGUUUCCAACGGAAAGCAGAGGUGAAUCAUGAGAUUCAACAACUAAAAUCGAAGAUGCGCGACUCCCAGCUUCAAAAAUUCCGCGACGAGCUGAAAAACCGAUCUCGGGUCUUAAAAAAGCUUGGCCAUAUUGAUGCCGAUGGUGUUGUGCAGUUGAAGGGACGGGCUGCUUGUCUGAUAGACACAGGAGAUGAACUUCUUAUUACUGAACUGAUGUUCAAUGGUACGUUUAAUGAUCUUGAUCCCCAUCAAGUUGCAGCUCUUGCGAGCUGUUUUGUUCCCGGAGAUCGAUCAAAUGAACAAAUACAUUUAAGAACCGAACUUGGGAAGCCAUUACAGCAACUCCAAGACAGUGCGAGAAGGAUCGCAGAGAUACAACGAGAGUGUAAACUGGAAGUAGAUGUCGAGGAAUACGUGGAAUCAACAGCAAGACCAUAUAUGAUGGAUGUGAUCUACUGUUGGUCAAAGGGUGCAACCUUUGCUGAGGUUAUAGAAAUGACGGAUAUCUUUGAGGGAAGUAUCAUUCGGCUUGCUAGAAGACUUGACGAGUUUUUGAAUCAGUUGAAAGCUGCUGCUAAAGCUGUGGGAGAGGUGGAUCUGGAGGCGAAGUUCGGUGCUAGCAGUGAGAGCCUACGGCGAGGUAUUAUGUUUGCAAACUCUCUUUAUUUGUAGGAGCAUGGUUUAGGAAAUAUCACUUUUAAUUCGAUGAAAAUUGUAAUCUCAGUAUCCUGGGAAAAGUUCUUACUGUAUACUUCCCUUUCUUGUCUACUUUUUCUUUUCCUCAUAUAUCCCUGAGUUUUAGUUUCUCAAAAUGUAUACCCCCAAAUUUUCCUGUAAGAUGUAGUACUGAAGUUCUUUUAAAGUGAUCCGACGGAAACUUCUUAUACGACUCAUUUACUGUUCAUUGCUAAAUACAUAUUGUGGAUGAA